AUGCAUGUUGUGUGGCGGACCGCGAACUUCUCGUCCCUGGGCAGCGGAGUCGACGAAUAUCUGGAGUCGCCUCAUCUGGUCGUGCGGCCACUCGGAAACACUGCUGUGCUGGAUCUUCUAUAUCGAGGUCUCUGCGGCCAAUGCGUCGAAUCGGUUCCCCCGCGCCCUUGGUGCCAGUCGCUAGGCAUCCUUCCCUACUGA